GAGGUUGUGAGGAGCGCAAUGUAGCAAAUGUCGUGCGUGUAAUGUUUGCUACAUUUAAAAAAAAUGUUAAAGAAAAAAAACUUUCGAAAUCAUCUACUGCUACCCGGAAUUGUGUUAAUUGUUGCUCAUAGCUACACAGAAAUUCAUUGCAGUGUGCGAAUGUGUGUAACAUUAAUGGAUGGAAAGUCAAAGAUGUGCGUUCACUAGCUAGCACUAAAGUGCCGUGGUAAUUAAAAGGUGGUUGCAGAUUGAGUGUAUUGGAGUUUUUAGAUUAAUUGUUUGUUGCUAAACCUCAGUGCCGUGGAAGUGUGCGUACGAUUACUCGAUACGCGAGAACUGUGACAGAAUCUCGACACAGUCACCGGGACAUUCCGGUCAUCUUCAUCAUAAAUAAGGUAGCGCAUUUGUUUCUGUGGGGUGUUACCUCACCCCAAGAUGGCCACCUCACCGACCUCUACGAACACAUCAAACUCCGUGUCAUUACAUCGGCAGUCUAGUAAAAAUGCCGACUCGAUUUCCCUCUGUUCGACCACCAGUGCCUUCUCAACGUGUCCCGAUCGGCAUGGCUUCUAUGGCGGCAGUCAGUUCUCCGAGAAACCAGCCAAAGAAACACUCACCAGGGAGCAGAUUGUAGCUCGGGAAAAGAAAUGGUUGCAUAUGAUCAAUCACUGGCAGGAAUAUAUGAGCAAAAAUUACAAGAAGCUCCGCGAGCGAUGUCGCAAGGGUAUUCCUCAAGCUGUGCGUCCCAGGGCAUGGUUCUAUCUCACCGGUGCCUUUGAGAUGCAUAGACAACAUCCCAAUAGGUAUGAAGAGCUGCUUCAGCAACCGGGUAAUCCUCAGAUCAUAGAAGAAAUAAAAAAGGAUCAGCACCGACAAUUCCCACACCACGAAAUGUUCAUCGACGAGGAGAAACCUGGCCAGAGGGAAUUGUUCAACGUACUAAAAGCAUACUCGAUACACAAUCCCAAAGUAGGUUACUGCCAGGCACAGGCUCCUAUUGCCGCUUUCCUACUGAUGCAUUUGCCGAGUGAGCAAGCUUUUUGGUGCUUUGUCACGAUUUGUGAUAAAUAUCUUAGAGACUACUUUACCCCAGGCAUGGAAAUGCUACAACGCGAUGCCGGAAUGUUAAACGGUUUGUUGAAAAAAACCUCACCAUCGGUAUAUCGGCAUCUUCAGAAGCAUAAGGUUGAUCCAUUGCUGUACAUGACGGACUGGUUUCUAUGUGCCAUGACACGGACAUUACCCUGGGACACACUGCUGCGGGUAUGGGAUUGUUUUCUGUGUGAGGGCAUCAAAACACUCUUCAAAGUAGCGCUGGUGAUUCUUGGCGCUAGCCUCAAUUCGCACAAGGUUCGCAAGCAGGCUAACGGGCUGUGUGAGACGCUAGCGGUGCUCCGCUCGCCACCGAAAAAAUACAUUGAGGCGGACUUCAUCAUGCACCAUAUUUUUCGACUGAAUAUUACCGUGGAAGAUUUCAUUCAUGAGCACAAAAAGCAAGAAAUGCUGCACCGGAAGGCUAAAGUGUCAUAGAACCGGGCAGCAACGGGAAAUUUGUUGAAUACCACUUCAACCGAUGCCCAUGGUCGAUGAUAAAAGCAGUCCUUAACUCUAGUCUUCUCACGGUUGAAGGAUCGCAUCAGAUCGUUUAUUUACAUGUUGUAACACAGUAUAGUUUGGAAAACACACGAAUUUAGUUAUGUCAUCUUGAUUCUAAAUCUUGUCACUUCAAGUAUAAUAACUAGGUACAUUUGCAGAAAUAUUUAUCGUAGAAUUAAAAAAUAAGCAUUUAACUCAAAAUUGCAAUAAGCUAAAACUGACAAGCGAAUUCAAUUAGAGGGUUUCUCAAUACCGUUUGAAUUUCUCCCAUUCGUUACGAUAAAUUUGUUCUCUCAUCAAAGAUCCAUCAAAAAUGCACUAUGUAAAGGGCAAUAGAUAAGAUACGAGUUUACAACGCUAUUUUUAAGUGACGUGUAAAAGAUGCUGAUCAAUUAAUUGAAAACGAAAUAAUCGAACAAAAUAUGGCGAUCGAGCUAACUUUUAGUGUAAAUGACGAAGUCAUUCUAAAAUGCAGCAGAGUUAUUCCUGCGCGAUGACAUGAUCGCAUUCUAAAGGCAAACACUCCUACCAAUAGACAGAUCUAUUUAUAAGUAAUAAAAGAACUAAUCAAACAAUCGAACUCUACUGAUGCAGAACCGUAGUUAGCGUAUAGUUAAACAUGGCAGCAUCUAGUAUGAUAAAUAAAACAGUACAACUUUUAACACUUCAUCAACCGUACCGAGAAAGAGAGCAAUCCGAAAAAAAAGUAUAUUACAUAAAACUAUUUCCACUGUAAGUAAUGUUUGCGAAAUAUGCACUCGAAAUGUUAGAUAAGUGCGUACAUUUCAUAUUUCAUUAGUUCACAGUUCCAUUCCGAGACUCUUUUAUUAAUAUUAACGUGUAAAAACAACUAAUUAACCCAUAUUAAUUCGCUUAGGUUCAAUGCAAUAUCGAUACCUGGGUAAAACAACUUCUAGCGAGGCGGGAGCAUGAUGUGAAUAGACAGAAUGUUAAACGAGAAAACCAUGAUUAUCUAGCACAAGCAGUUGCCACUGUGUGGAACAACAAAAUUUUGGAUCUUUAUUACUAGAAUUUACAUUACUGCUUAAUUGAUUUGCGUAUUGUAUAAAAAAAAAAUAAAACAAAAAAUAAUUUAAAAAACAGCUACUAGUUACAUUACCGUUCCGAUUGUUGCUUACGUGGUUAGUCCUAUGUUGACCAACCGACGAAAUUGGUCUCUAAAGUAGAAUUGUAAUAACAGAAAUUUCUCUUCAAAUUAGUUGCUGCCCGAGUUGAUCCCAGAGAAACCGAACUAAAAAAAUCAUCUUAUCAGAAUAAGUCAAGACCAGUUCAACGUUAUAGUGAAUGGAAAAAAUAUAACAUUUGUUGUGUGCAAUUUUGUUUCCGUCGAAAAUAAACCCGACACCAAAUUUUUUCAUUAUACUGUAGGUUUAUAUUUUUUAUAUUCCAUUUUGUCUCAUAGAGGAAAAGUAGUUCAAAUCGUGCGAGUAAUAACAAUGUUAUGCAUGUUAUCAAUCCGCUAUUGUUUUAGUGUGUAGAAAAAAAAAGCAACGUACGAGAAAUUCAAUGCAGUACUGUUGAUCGAUACUUUAAUGUUAUACACCAUUUAUAUAUUGUACCUACAAUUUCGAUUAUUUAUUAACCUAGAGAAACAUAUCUAUAUGAAAAUAAACUUUGUGUGAACAAAUAUACAA